GUUCCAGUUGCGCAAAGCAACGCAACGCUACAAAGCGUUGCUCAUGGAGAAUGCGGAAGGCGUUCCUGAUAAAAAUGAAUGAAAUUAUCGUCUCUCGUGACUCGGAGCGCGUGAUAAAUUAACAAUCAGUACACUUUCUAUAGCCCGGCGGGGAAUUCGCUCUAAAGGAACUAAUUUUCUGCAUUUUUUUGUGUCGUUAUCCCUACAUCACAUUCGACAUGGCCAGUGAACAGCCAGCUGCUAUCCUCGAAAGAGUCAAUGAGGUUAUAGUGGAUACAGGAAACAUAUUAGGCUGUAAAGAAUUAACCAAGAAGGUGUUCCAGUCCCUCGUUGAAGAGCUUAUACAAAGUUUGACAUUGGCGCUGAUGAAGUGGUCGUCCAACAGCAAAGGGCAACAUCUUUUCAGGGGAGGAGAGCUCCUGGAAUAUACAAAUAAGGACCUUCCAUCAGUAGUACACCCUGAUGAAAGAUCAACGUUAAAAAUUACGGUGAAGAUAUUUCUCUGUAGUUUCGAUGUAGAAGCCUUCCAACAUGCCACCAGUAAAGUAAUGGAGCACCUUGGAGUCACUGAAUUGGACUCUGUCAUUAUGGGAUUCCCAUGGAAGGGCAGCAAGGUGACCCUGGAGCAGAUGCAGCCCCUCUGGGAGGCUGCGGAGAAAGAAAUCUUACAGGGGCGUACGCUCUCGGUUGGUGUCAGCGACCUUGACAGCAGCCAGCUCAAGGAACUACAUCAGUGGGCUGCAGUGAAACCUAGCAUAAACCAGGUGAACCUGGACUCAUGCUGCGUCAUUCCGCAGGACAUGGCCGAAUUUGCUAAGGCCAACAAUAUUCAAUUGCUAACACAUAGUGACCCUAAAGUGGUGCUUGAUUCGGAGUCCAUGAAACGGAUCCUGAGUCCGUACCUUCCGGAAGACAAGUCCAUCGACUGGACGCCGCGAUGGGUGGCACGCUACUCUGUCCUAGUCAAGCGUCGCGGCUUUAUAAAGAGCAAGGGAUACAUUGCUGAUCUAGUUAAGCCAACAAAGUGAAGCCGACCACAGGAAAUAUAUACGGGCCUUGUGCUAUCUCCGGGAUCCCACAGUGCAUUUCGUAAAGGGUUCCGAAGCACCGACACAGAGUUUUUAAAAUCUACUGUGCUGUGUGUUUGUAUCCUCCACAUAAAUUAUAUGACAUUUUUCUCUCUGGUAUUGCAGCUGUCGCAUCGGCAUUGUGAGGAAAAUGUGCAGAAAUUAACAUUCCAGUUGAAGGCCUAGUUUGAUAGGCCAUUAGCAAACAUCCCUGUUACAAAGUAAAUUUCAGUUUGUAUGAUGUGUUGGUCAUCACAUUGGAGAUCGGGGACUACUACAGCAGUAUGGAUCCUGCAUGGUAGUUUACAGCACAUUGUCCUUGUAGUAUUGUAUGAGGAAGGAGUGCCUUUGUUGUAAUUUAUGCACCAGCAUUUAUGGACAACUUGGUACCUCUGACAUGUAAACUAGAAUUUAAUAUUACUUGCCUCCACAACAGAGUUUGAAAAGAAAAUAAAGGUGCACAUUUCUGAUGAAACAAA